UCCAGGGUAUGAGCUUUCGAGAGUCAAAGCUCGAAAGGCAACGAGACUGAAGAUGACCAACUUUUGCUCCGACUUGGUUUUGCACAGGAGGGUCUUCCAAAUUGCCAUCUUUGCGGGCUUGGGUGGAACCUUCUUGGUCGGGUUUCAACUCUCUGUGAUCAGCUUUACAUCUCCGUUCGUCAAGAAGUUUAUCAAUGAGACCUGGCUGGAGAGAUACAACGUUCCUAUCGAUGACCAGAGCCUCACCGUCCUGUGGUCCGUCAUUGUUUCCAUCUUCAGCAUCGGAGGAGUCAUAGGAUCUAGUCUUUCAGCAUAUCUGUCUUCAAAAUACGGGAAAAAGAACUGCCUCAUAGCAGGCAACCUCCUCAUCUUGGUAGCUGCGCUGAUCACGGGCACCAGUAAAACCGCAAAUGCUUUUGAGAUGAUUCUGCUCGGGCGGUUCUUGUAUGGUUUGAGUGGAGGGUUGACCAUUUGUAUCCAAGGUCAGUACUUGGGAGAAAUUUCCCCUAAGCGGUUCCGUGGACUGACCAAUGCCACUGCUGCUGUUCUUGCAACCCUGGGGAAGUUCGUAGGGCAACUGACAGGCCUGCGAGAACUAUUAGGGACAGAGUCCCUUUGGCCCCUUCUCUUGGCCACCACUGGAAUCGCAGGACUGCUGCAACUGAUUGCUCUCCCCUUCUUCCCCGAGACCCCAUCCUACCUGUUGAUCCAGAAAGGGGACUUAGAAGGCUGCCUGAAAGUGAUGAAGCAGCUCUGGGGCCAAGGGGACCACAAAGCAGAACUGGAUGACAUGCUGAAGGAGCAAGCAGCCAUGAAAAAAGUUAAAAUCAUGAACGUCCUGGAGCUCUUCAGAGACCGCACCAUCCGAUGUCAGGUAUACUUAACAUUUGUACUAGCGGCUAUGACAUCACUGAGUGGUGUCAACGCCAUCUAUUUCUACUCUUUUGAGGUGUUCCAUACAGCUGGGUUUGACCAGGAAAUCAUGCCCUAUGCAAUUCUUGGAGUUGGCGCUUGUGACCUUUUUUCCACCAUCGUUUGCUUCUUUGUUAUCGAGCGUUUGGGCAGGCGUAGGCUGCUGCUGUGGGGAUAUGGUCUGAUGGCGCUCGUGUUGGCUCUUCUCACUGCCAGUUUCUCAUUAGAAUAUCACUUCUUCUGGUUACGAUACUGCAACGUGGCUCUCAUCUUUCUGUUCAUAGUUUUCUUCGGAACAGGGCCAGCCGGGGUAACAAUGCCUGUAAUAGCAGAAAUCUUCACACAAUCUUCCAGGCCUGCUGCAUUAACAAUCCUCAGGAUUCUCUUCUGGGCAGGUCAGUAUUUAGUUGGGAUAGCUUUUCCCCAUCUUAUUCGCUAUCUGGACAGCUUCUGUUUUCUGGUCUUUAUGGGCUUCAUUGCAAUCACUUGGAUCAUCCUCUUCCGGUAUCUCCCAGAGACAAAAGGCAAAUCACUCAUGGACAUCAAGAAGGAAUUCAACCGUUUCAAUAAAACGGAGGGCACUGUGGACAAUAAUUCAUCUGAGGGGCUCCACAACAUGCACAUAAUGUUAGGAGGCCUGGAAGGAAGUGCUUAAUACAGAGUCGAUCGUUGAAACUGAGCUAGAUAAUCAAACGCUGGGGGAGACUAUUAGUUUUGGAAUUCUCCCUCUCAAAGCAGCACUUCGUAUUAGGAAUGCAGCACUUGGGUUAUGCCAGUUAAGAAACUGCUGGACAGAAUGCCUUCCAUGGCUUAAAAACAAACAGUUCUCCAUAUGGAAAGUUCCACUUGAGAGAAGGCCAAGAAAGAAAAAUGACAUGUGAGACAUACAAGGAGUUUUGGACGCUGUCAGCAUUUAAACCACCAUUGUGAAAUCAUACGCUUCUUUUUACCUAGGCUUUUAAAUUUAAGGGAUUGAUUUCUAACAUUAUUGUUAUAGUUUUCUUUUUAGUUUUAAAAAUGUUUUGAGACUCCUCUUAAUUAAGCUGCACAUUGAUUAAUGCUCUUUUUAGGCUCUGGAUGAGUUUUUUAAUAAUGGGAACCGUUAAUGUUUACUGUGCCUCUUUUUAUUAUGUUUUAUUUUGUAAGUUGCCUCAAGCAGGUAACCUGGAGAGGUGCCACAGAAAUGAUCUGAAGGAAGGAAGGAAGUGCUUUACAAGGAACUUUUCUCACAUGAUUUCUUAACCCAUACCUCAAACCCUGCAUCUCUGUUAAAUCCCAAAGUAAAGCAAAGAUUUCUCUGGAGUGGAAAUACAAAGAUCUGGAAAUGAGGUGGGAAAAUUUAGAGGAAGAAAACCAAAAAGCACGUUCUCUCCCUCUUCCCCUAGACUUCUUUGAUUUUUUUGAUUGAAUAUAUGGGAUUUUGGAGAGUGCCGAAAAAACGCCUCCUAUGAAAUAUUUUCUGUUUUAGAAUGAGUGAAAUGCUUGUCAAGACACUCUCAAAAUGUAUAGCAUUAAAAGAGCAAAUUACAGCAUUGGAUUACAAUUCGUGUGCAUACUGUGCAUGCACACAAUUUUUAAAGGAUAUGCUUAUAAUUUAAAUGUGAUUAUUUUGGAAAACAAUUAAUAUGCCAUGUGUUUGACAAUGCAUUAUUAAAAGAGUUUAGUGUUUGUAAUGUUAUAAUUUUCCAAAAAUUCAAAUAGGCUGGUAGUUUUUGAGACUAUUUUUGCCCAAAUAUAACUCUUUCUUUUAAUACAAAACUUGUUUUCUAUUUUCAACUUUUAUUUUUAUUACAUCUUGCAUAGUAAAAAAAAACCCUGGAAAAUGUGUGUUAAGGGGAUAUAGCAGUUUGCAGCUGUAAAUCAUUAAUAAAAUCAAACAAAAACACACAGAGCUCCUCUGAUACUGGAAUAAUGGUCCACCUAGCCCUCACCAUUUCCUCCGACUGUCAGAAGGGCUUUUCCCAGUGUGGCGGCUAGAGAUUCCCUUUCCCUUGAGAUGCCGGGGCUGAAUCUGGCACUUCCAGUAGUUAUUGCAAUGUUUUUGACUCUUCGCCACCUUGAGGACCCUAAGGUGGGUGGGUGGGUCAGAAAGGCAGAAUAAAAAUGUUUUAAAUAAAUAUAUAAAAAUUUCUGAUACAGUAUUUUAGUGCUGGUCUUUGACCAUA